GAUGCUGGUGCACAAAGCAAGCACAUCGUAGCUCUGAAAUUUCAAAUUCCGUAAAUACUCCAGUCGAGCGAUAUUAACUUAUCACCUGCGAGAACAGAGCACUUUUUACCCGUUUAGUGUAGAGUAGAGUAGCAGUCUCAAUUCUCAUUUUCGGUCAGUCGACAACUCAGGUUUGCUGAAACUCGGUGCUGCGUUAGAUGAUUACUGCGAUUCGUCGCAUGAAUAUGUUUCGCUCGAAUGUAGAAACGUUGUGCUUGUGGAAAAACUAAUUAAAACAGCUUGUCUCGAAGUUUUUGAUCAAAUAAAAUAACAUUACCUCCAGAUUAAGAUAAAACCGUCUGACGUUGUUUAUGUAAAAAGUGCUUCAUAUUGCGUACAUUAUCAAUAAAAAAGUAAACUUGAAGUACAAUGCUAGUAAACAUUUUAUUAGUCUGGCAAUGUUGGAGUAAUGAAUUAACGAGUACUUAAAAAUAAACGUGCAAAUCGCCAGUGCUUUGGUGAGCUUAAUAUGGGAGUAAGCAACAUUGUAACGUGCUGCUUUUACCUGAUAUUACAAUUUGCCACGAUAAACACGCGACCUGGAGACCACCACCACAACACGUGUAGACACUUCAAUGAUACUCUCAAAUGCCACGGGAAUCUCCACGAUGGAAUCAAUUAUACAUCGACUAUCUCAGAACUUAAUUUAUCCAACUUAACAAUUCGAACGUUAGAUCUGAAUAUUACAGUAACAAGAUUUCCUAAUUUAAAAUUAUUAGUGGUAGAGAAUGGUGAGGUGACGAAUGUUUUACCGCCAGAAGUGAAUAACGCAAUUACUGAACUAGUGCUAAGCAACUUAAAAAUAAAACAUAUCCACAGGGAUUUUGUACUAUAUUUUCCAUUUUUAAAAAGGCUGCAUUUAGAAAAGAAUUUUCUGACGGAAUUAAGCAGUCGUUUUCAUACUGGCACGUUGGAUGAACUUUAUAUAAAAAAUAACCGAUGGAAUUGCUCAAGGGAUCUGUCAUGGGCCAUUCAUUUAAACAAAAGUGGAGUCUGCCAAGAUCUAAGAAACUUUACAUGCAAGGAUAAACUUUUUUUCGGAAAAAGCGUUUUAUUAGUUGCUCAAUAUAAAAAGACAAUGAAGGAGAGCUGUACCCAAGGCUGUGAAUGUUCGCUGGAAUAUAUAGCUCCUGAUCCAAUAACCAACAUGCAGUAUCCAAUAAUAAUGGUCAAUUGUUCAGGAAGGGGUCUAACAGAGCUACCAAGCCACCUGCCCCGCGACACUAGAAUACUGCAUUUGGAACACAAUAGAAUUAGCAAUAUAAAAUCUCUAAAAACCGAUCCCUCGUUAAAGCAACUUUGGGAUUUGUAUUUGGACAAUAACACUAUCGAGAGUGUCUCAUAUUUGGAAGGGUCGUACUGGUUGUCUCACUUCAGGGUGUUUUCGCUGAAGGGUAAUCGAUUGGCCAAGGUAAGUUACCAUCAUAUGCCUUGGACAACGCAUUAAUGAAGAAUCCAAAUAUGCCAAAAGCAGUGCGAUUAUUUCUUGGUGGAAAUCCAUGGAAAUGUGACUGCGUUUUUACACCAGUGUUUCAAGAACUGGUUUUACAAAAAUAUUCUUUUCAAAUUGAUGACUUAAGAGAUGUGAAGUGUUCUUAUAUGAGAAACGAUGAAAAUUCUUUAAAACCGAUUAUAAAUUUGUCGAGGAGCUCCGUUUGCAUCGUCUCAUCGGAUUUCUCUUUGCAAGAGGGUCUGGAUCUCCUGAAUGCGGUCCUGGCCAGCCUCAUAAUUUUUAUUUUGGGCAAGCUAGCUUAUGAUUACUACCAUUUCAAGAAAUCGGGGAAACUUCCAUGGAUAGUAUCGAGAAUGCCUUAGCUGACUAAUAUUUAGUUUUACCCUUUAGUUGUAUUUAUGACCAAUUUUGUAGAUAUUGUAUAUAAAAUGACUCUAUUUUUAAUUA